AUGCCCCACGUUGCGUUCAAGGACGCCGAAUACGCCCAGAUCCAGGUGUCUCCUGGAUGCAAGUCGAUCUACACCUGGGACAUCGACCACACAGAGUGGUACAAGGUGACGACCCUGCCUCAUAUCGGCGCGCGGGGCCCGAAGAUCCAUCUGGUGCGCCUCAUUGGGGGACGCCUUCCGGGUCUUUCGAUGGCCAUCCAUCAAGUCGAGAAGAACAACGCUGCUCGUCGACUCGAUAUAAUCGAGAUUUCUGACGACGACGACGACGAGACCGGCCUAGUGUCCCCGGGCAGUGUGGUGUUUAAUUGGAGUCCCUGGAACGUAGCGUACUUCACGGUGUGGGGAGCACUGUUCGCCGGCGUAUCUUCUCUGACCUCACGCCGACAGAAGGGUAAGAAGGGCGGGAAGGGCAAGCAACGGUGCAAAGGCCUUCCUUUCGAGGAGGAGGAGGAGGUCGGUACCAUCAGCUCAACCAUCAGUGCCUCGAAACCGCCGGAAUCGCGCCGUGAGACGAGACCUGCGGGCUCAGAGCGUCUGCGUGCAGAGGUAAACGCUCGUGCUUUCGCUCUACCCGAAGGCCGACGCGGCGUCCUCACCUACUCCGCCAUCUUCCAUCCGUACUUCCAGGACGUGGCCAAAAGAAUGACUUUCCAAAUUGAACAACCUAAGGAUGGAGAGAGCACCAAUGGGCCGCUAGAACGCGACACGACACGUGGACUGGUCCUCAUUUCGCCUCGCAACAACGACCGGAGCAACAUUCGCGAGAUGCUUGAAGCUUAUGGGAACGAGAUGGUUUACGGAGACGUCCAUGUGACAUCCGACUGGACGUCAGACGCAUGUCCCAAGGGCACCAGGGGUCUCUGUGUCGGGAAAGGGCGAACAAACAGCGAAGCGAGCGAAGAAUUCUGGGCGAGCUUUACAACAAGCUACGCACUGGACGUUCAGAGGAAGGGUCAAAAGCCAAAUGAAGCUGCCCUCCAUCAAGCUCAGAAGCGACUGCCAAAUUGGGUUGAGUACGGAACUCCGUUUUCGAAACGGCGCCGCGACGACGACGACGGCGAUGUCGAAUACGGGGCCGACGUGGAAGCGCGAGCGAUCAAACGACGCCGCGAAUAUCACGAGCGCAGUCAAGGCGGCUCGGAAUCCCACGUCGAGACGGACGGAGAGGACAAGAUGGAGUACGAUGACUAG